AUGUUGACCUUCGCCAGACUUGCAGUAGCACUACUCUUCGCAACUACCGUUCUCGCUGGAAAGCGAGGCUUAUGCUGGACUUACUGUGAGUUUCAUCUCAACGAUCUUGGUGUUUUCAACAACGGAGAUGGACAGGUUGUUGCAAUCUACGAUUAUGAAACAUACCCUCCGCCUUCCACUAAUGGAAACGGUGGCCUCGGAUUCAUUGGCAUUCCUAUCGCAGAUCUGGCGUCACGUCAAGCAUCACAAGGCUGGGCCACCGUCUUUACGCUGAACGAACCCGAUAUCAACGGCAUUACCCCAAGUCAGGCUGCUUCUUGGUAUAUCCAAUAUAUCAACCCAUUGGCGAUCAAGAAGGCUCUCCCUGCUGUUACCUCCAGCGCAACAUCUGGACAGGGUCUUAGCUGGGUCUCUCAAAUGAUUAGCGCUUGUGCAGGACAGUGCUAUUUUGAUUACAUCAACUUGAGCUACAUAGAAUCAGCGCAUAACCAAUUUCCCAAUUAUCAACUCGUCAUCACAGAGGUGGCCUCCUUCCAACAGGCAUUCCCUUUCCUUGACGGGGCAUCAUACGUUCAGCUUUACUUCCCCUUCGUAGCAACUUCGCCAGCGCUCUUGCAAGCGAACCAACCUUCUGAUGUCACAUAUGUCGGAACCGGGUCGUGCCUCUACAACGACGACGGGACUCCGUCUGCAGUUGGUAACCUCAUGUACUAG